AUGGGAGACCACCUCCAGCAGCCUGACGAAGAACGCAGUGAGUUCAGUGACAGCGGCAAGAGGAAGUUGGAGGACACAAUCGAACUCGCCAAACAGAAAGCUCAAGAAAUCGCCGCUCGGCUUAUUAGCGACGCCGCCGACCCCAAGCGGCAGCGCCUCGGUUCGGAAAAUCCCUCGGAGCCUUCUCCAUGGACUAAUUCCGCCCCGCCAGCUCCUUCUUAUCCUGUUUCAUAUGCUGCUCAAACAAGUCAAUACGGUGUUCAGAGCAGUAAGAAGAUCACUAUACCCAAUGGCAAGGUUGGGGUUGUUAUAGGGAAAGGAGGAGAAACAAUCAAAUCAAUUCAACUUCAAUCAGGGGCGAAGAUACAAAUUACAAAGGACCAGGAAGCUGAUCCCCAUGCUCUAACCCGGGACGUGGAUUUGACGGGUACUCCAGAUCAAAUUAGCAGAGCAGAGCAACUUAUAAAUGAUACUAUCUCGGAGGCAGAUGCAGGGGCCUAUUCCAACUCUUCACAGGGGUCAAAUAUAAAGCAAUAUGGAGCUGAACAGUUCUCUAUAAAAGUUCCAAAUGACAAAGUGGGAUUGCUCAUUGGGAAGGGAGGUGAAACUAUAAAGUAUAUGCAAAACACAUCUGGAGCUAAGAUGCAGAUUAUUCCCCUGCACCUUCCACCUGGUGAUCCAACAACUGAGAGAACUGUAUACAUAAAUGGUACUGCAGAACAAAUUGAGGCAGCCAAAGAAUUGGUAAACGAGAUAGUUAACGGGAAACGGAUCCAAACUUCAGCUGGAACUAACACAUACCAACAACAAGCUUAUCAGCAGCCUCCUUACUGGGCUUCAGGAGGACAACCUCCGAUGCAAGAACAGCAGACCCAAUAUGGUUAUCAGCAGCCCGGAACUCAUCCUACUCCUCCUGCAUACUAUGGUAACUAUGCUACUCAACCACCAGCUUGGGACCAGUCAAGCCAAUCUACUCCUCAACCGCCUCACCAAUCAACUGGCUAUGGUUACUAUGGACAACAUCAACCACAAAUGGGAGCAGCACAAGUUAAUCCCAACUAUGGCUAUGGGCAGGCACCCGGGGCUACUGCCAACAACUACAGUCAGGGUUACGGUCAACAGCCUUCAAGUUAUGGGCAGGGUCAGGCAGCGCCAACAAAUGACCAGCAAAAGCCAUAUCCAACUUCGGGUUAUGGACAAAGUACUGAUGGGACAGCAGCAUCAUCUCAGCCGAGUCAAGAAGUUCCUGCAUAUCCCCAGGCUGCCUAUAAUCAUCCUUACUGGAAUUCUUCUGGGUACCCAGGUCAACCAGCAGCUGCUCAAACAGGUUAUGAUCAGACCGGUUACUCACAAGCGGCUUACGGGACAACCACUCAGCAAGGUUAUGGACAAGGUGGGUAUGCUGCUCAGCCUCCUGCUGCUGGAGAUUAUGGUCAAGGUGCAUAUUCCAGUGGUGGUUAUGGCCAACAGCAAGUGGAGACGAAUCCCCAGACAGGGACAGCGGCCAAUGGAGCUACGGAAUCCGGAGGUUAUGAGGUUACCACCAACAAUGAGAAUGGUGGGCAGUCGGGAGAUGGCUCGAGCAAUGGUGUGAAAAAAGAAGGGGCGCCGCCUUCUGAAUCUUGA